CUUUAAUCUCAAAAUGUCACUUUUUUUUUCAAUGCGGCCCUAAUCCUCCGUCGUACUUUUUCGCCUGUUAAUAUAACAGAAAAUUGGGCCCAUCUUUAGAUGUUUUUAGUCCGCGGUAGUUUGGACACACCCCUGCAUUAGCGCUUCUCUCCAGUCCCACCCGAAGAUCCCAGUGAAUUCCGUUCCAUUCAGAUGUAAUCGCAAGCGGUAAUGAGUAAUUAGGUUACUCGGAGGCUGCUGUUCCACAAAGCAGCGGUGCAUUAGGGAAUAAUGGUGCAUGUAAUUAAAGGCGAGCCUCCUGCUUUGUCUCUGCGCUGAUUGAGCUGUGAUCAAAGAUGUCACCGUCUCCUCCUCCUUGUGAGGAGAGUGUCACAUGUUAGACACCAGCUGCCUCCCUGCGCCACCAAAGCGUGCACAUGUUGUACCGCUGUCUGGGUCAAACUGCUAAAUAAUUAUGUCUGCAGCGUGUCUCUUCUUUUAUAGCUACUCUUACAGUGUGUCCCCAUUUCUUCUACCUCCUUUUAGAGCCUCAUCUGUCACGGAGUCCUUUAUUUCAGCCAACUUCUCGGUGUAAACAUUGUAUAAUGAAAUGCAGGCGCAGCAUAAUAGGUGGUGUAACAGGAUGACGCAGCUGCACUCGCGUCGAAAGUACAGACUUCAUACCGCAUACGAGUCUUUAAAUGAGGUGUCCAAAGUGUAGCCUGGGGGCCGUUUGCAGCCUGCGGCAGUUUUUUAAUGGCCCGCGGCACAUUCUAAAAAUAUAAUUGAACGAGAAAACUAAAAAAAAAAAAAAAAAACAACAGGAAAACUUGAAAAAUCAGCAGUAAUUUUCCAAGAAGGAAGUCAAAAUAUUAAAAGAAAAAAGUUGUAGUAUAAUGACAAAAAGUCAUAAUUUUACAAGAAUAACAUCGUAAUAUUAUGAGGGAAAAAUAAUGUCAUUUUAGUAGCAUUAAGUUGAAAUAUUAAAGGAUGUUUUUUUAAAGUCAUAAUAGGAGAGACAAAACGACAAAUAAAGUUAGAUUUUGGGGGAAAUUAGGUUGCGGGAAAAGUUCUAAUGUUAUAACAAUAAAGUCAAAAUCUUACGGGAAUAAAGUCAUAAAAACAUUUGCGAAAAGAAAGUAGCAAUCUUUGGAAAAUGUAAAACAAAACAACUGCAGAAAUGCAAAAAACAGCUGGAAUUUUAGAAGAAAAAAGUCUAAAUAUUAAGAGAAGAGAAAAAGUAGUAUCCUGGCGAGAAAAAAGAAAAAAAAAAAAAAUCUCGUAAUAUGAGGAAAUAAAAUGCAAUUUUAGAGAAAGAAAAAGUACAUUAUUUUUUCAAAGUCCAAAUAUUAUGAGAAAUGAAAUGUAAUUUUGGGAAAAAAGUUAUAAUAUUAUAGGAACAAAGUCAAAAUAUUACGGAAAUAAAGUCAUGUUACGAUAACAAAAUUUCUCAAUAUUAUUUAAGAAGAAAGUUGAAAUAUUUGGAAAAAAAAUGGCAAAAAUGGGGAAAAGGAGAGCAAAGCACGAACUUCAUGCUCGGUGGAAAAGACACCCCUGGUUUAAAUUUUAGUUUCAGAUUUAUGAUCAACGUUUACCGGGAUUUUGUCAUUGUGUCGUCAUGUUAUUUAUUCAUUUGAAAGUGCUUUCCAAGUGAACAUAAACAGCCACCUUCAUAUUGGUGGAAAAAAAAGCUUGUCAUCAAUCAAUCAAUCAAAGCAUGAACAGCCAUUUGGUUGCAAAGGGAGUGGGUGUAAAGGUGAGCUAAUAGUGCCAUCAAGUAGCCAACUGAAAUAAGAAGUGACUUGCAGGCCACAAACGGCCCCCGAGCUGGAGUUAGGACACCCCUGUGGUGUACAGUGCAGUUUGACAUAAUCAACAGUUAGCAUGGUAGAUGAUUCAUCUUUUUCUAUAAAGCAUUGCAUAUUUCAGGUGCCGUGGUUGACAAUUUAUUUUUAAGGAGUGACGUGACGCGACUGUGCGUCUUGGAGGAGGGGCGGAGGAGACGCGCGUAACGGCAGCAUCAUUCCAGCCUGCUUGGAUCAAGUGGAGGGACUGUCGGAUCCACAUCCAUAAGAAUGGACGCCCUCCACACAUCUUCCAAAAAGAACCACAAAGGCACCGGCCGGAUUUAUCCAAAACACAAACCGAGCCUUUCCGAACAGGACCGUGGGUGUGUGCGCGUCGUUACCUCCGGACUGCACCCGCCCGACUUCCACCGCUGCCCGUCGAGUCAUGUCUGAUCCACAGCGAUGGGCAAGUUCGACGACACCGAGAGGAUAAUCCUCAACGUCGGGGGCACCAGACACGAAACGUACAAAACCACCCUGAAGACCCUGCCGGGGACGCGCCUGGCCCUGCUGGCGUCCGACUCCGACAUCGACUCGGUGCUGGAUCACCUGCAACAAGUCCCCGGCUUCAUCGAGUACAACGCGCGGACCAACGAGUACUUCUUCGACCGCCACCCGGGCGUCUUCGCCUACGUGCUCAACUACUACCGCACCGGGAAGCUCCACUGCCCGGCGGAUGUGUGCGGACCGCUGUUCGAGGAGGAGCUCUCCUUCUGGGGAAUCGACGAGACGGACGUGGAGCCCUGCUGCUGGAUGACGUACCGGCAGCACCGGGACGCCGAGGAGGCGCUGGACGUGUUCGAGCUCAACGUGGACACCGGAGACGAGGACGACGAGGUGGCGAAGAGGCUCGGCAUCGAGGACGUGGCCGCCGAUGGCAGCGGCAGCCUGUGGAGGAAGUGGCGGCCGGUCGUCUGGAAUCUAUUCGAGGAUCCCUACUCCUCCCGGGCGGCGAGGUUUAUCGCCUUUGCAUCCUUGUUCUUCAUCCUGGUGUCCAUCACCACCUUUUGCUUGGAGACCCAUGAGGCUUUCAACACCAUCAUCAACAAGACAGAGGUUAUGCGCAACAGCAGCCUUCAGGACGUGGGACCGCAGUACGAGAUUGAGACUGACCCAGCUCUUACAUAUGUGGAAGGUGUUUGCGUCUUCUGGUUUACCAUCGAGUUCCUGGUUCGUGUGACCUUCUGCCCGGUCAAAUUGGAAUUUAUCAAGAGCGUGCUCAAUAUCAUUGACUUUGUGGCUAUCCUUCCUUUCUACUUGGAAGUAGGCCUAAGUGGCCUUUCCUCAAAAGCUGCCAAGGAUGUGUUGGGAUUCCUCAGGGUGGUGCGUUUUGUUCGUAUUUUGCGUAUCUUCAAACUUACCCGUCACUUUGUGGGCCUUCGAGUUUUGGGCCACACAUUAAGGGCCAGCACCAAUGAAUUCCUGCUGCUAAUCAUCUUUCUGGCGUUGGGAGUGUUAAUUUUUGCCACCAUGAUCUAUUAUGCUGAGCGCAUUGGCGCCAAACCCAAUGAUCCCACGGCCAGCCUCCACACCAAGUUCAAGAACAUCCCCAUCGGCUUCUGGUGGGCUGUGGUAACCAUGACCACCCUGGGCUAUGGCGACAUGUAUCCAGAGACGUGGUCUGGCAUGGUCGUGGGCGCGUUGUGUGCUUUGGCUGGAGUGCUUACAAUAGCCAUGCCUGUGCCUGUCAUCGUCAAUAACUUUGGGAUGUACUACUCCCUGGCCAUGGCCAAGCAGAAGCUGCCCAAGAAGAGGAAGAAACAUAUCCCCCAGAUAGUACAGGGAGGAUCCCCUACAUAUUGCAAAGCUGAUCUCACCACCACCUGCAACAGCACUCAAGGUGACCUGUGCCACGUCAAAGGGGGCAGGGUACUUGAACGCAACCGCUCAGUUGUGUCGGCGGACUGCAGCGGCGGCAGUGACCUGACCAUGUCUACAGAGGAGAGGGUCCCCAUGCGAAGGUCCAGCACCCGGGAACAAGACCGCCGGAGCGCUGGGACGUGUUUUCUACUUGCUGCUAGUGACUAUAACUGCCCUGCAGAUGGAGGCAUAGGAAAAACAGGCUACGAGAAAUCUCGGAGCUUAAACAACAUAGCUGGCAUGACUGGCAUGGCUGGUAACGCCCUGAGGUUUUCUCCCGUGACCUCACCCUAUGGAUCUCCCUGCCCGCUACGGCGCUCCCGUUCCCCUAUUCCCUCCAUCCUAUAAGAUGUCCAGCACUUUUUCUGCAUUACCCGAUCCAUAUCCUACAAACCGCCCUUUGCUACAUUACCUGAACUUUGUUCUUGAUAUCGUGGUUUAGUGUUUAACCUUGUAGCAAAGACAAAUCUACUGAAUACAGCCUGACUGUGCUUGGCUAUCACCCUCAUCGGUUCUCCUGUGUCCUGUGUUUUCUUUAAUAAUGUCACAUUUUCAGACUGUGCAAUAAAAAGAACUCUUACUGGUGGCUUUCAAAGUAGCAGCCAUAGCAUUUCAUAAUAAAGGACAAUCAGGGAUAUUAGAAGUUGCUCGAUUUAGAUUUCUUGAGGGAAAAUGUGUGCUUCCAUUUUAACUUCAUUCAAGUGUGUGGUACAGUGGAACCCGUUUAAGUCGACGCCCCUUGGACUGGCAGAAUCGUGUCAUCAUAAGCGGUUGUUGACAUAACAGAAACCAAAACCAAAAAUAGCCAUUGCUAGCCAUUUACAGUCAUCCUCGUUGAUCACGGUUAAUUGGUUCCAGACUCAACCAUGAUAAGUGAAUUUCCAUAAAGUAUAAAUGGAACAUUUUCUUGUUAGAGCAUAGAAAACCUGUUUACGACCUUUUCAAUGUGGUUUUUAACACUAUUAGAGUCCUGUAGACAUGAAAUAACACCCCGAUUACUCAAUAUAGUAGAGAUAAAAGACCGAAAAUAAGCCAUUUGAGACAUAAACAAGUAGGAUUGUCACGAGAUGAGAUUAUACACGAGUUUGGGUCUCUGAGAUGAGGCAAGAUUUUAACAUUAUUUUUCAGAAAAGUACAAUGAAAAAAUAUCAAAAAUAUAUCCCCUGUAUAUAUUGCAGUCUACUAAUAUUAUUUCUCUUCUGUACUCUGUAUUCUACCGGCCCCGCCUCCACCCACCGAGACAACGAGACCUUAUGACUGACAAAAGGGCUCACUCCGUUCGUGCCGUUGUUCUAUGGAACUAACGCGCCUACCGUAAACGAAAAGAUGACGACAUAAACGCUCGGCCAUGUAUGUGGAUGUCGACUACAAGAAGAACAUGGUGGACCCAGGACUUGAUGAGUUGCUCGACAUAAACGGAUUGUCGACAUAACCGGGACUGACUUAAACGGGUUCCACUGCAGUAUGGCAAUACGGACACCGGACGCAAUGACUAGACAGGCUUCAACAUGUAUGUGUAGGUAUGUAUGGCCUCGAGAAGUGACUUCACACUGCAACAUCUGACUUGUAUACAGUAGGUACAUAGAAAUUCUUGAUAUCAGUGUACUUUUCUCUUUAUACUGUAUUUGGGAUGUGGAUUGGAGGGAUGGGUGUUGAGAUGGAGCAAUUUGUCAUUCACACAAGCACACAGUCUGUCACUCUUCACAUGCACGUCUUUUUGCAUGGUCUCACUCGAAAACCAUUGUUGUCUGCAAGCUAUGUUUGCACGGGGAGACAACACGGGGCACACAGUAAAAAUACCAUUUCCAGUGACCAAGAAAGUAAACCCUCUUUUAAGUAUAAGGUUUUAGACAUCAGGACAUCUUCAACCCAUAAGAACCCAGACCUGUUUGUGCUGAAAGUAAAAUGAUGGGGGAGAUACACUGAAACAUUUGUGAUGUAUUUUCUAAAAUACUACAAAUUCAUGGCUAAGAUGUGUGAUGUACGUAUAUAUAACAAUGUUUAUGGUAAAUGUAUUUCUUAUUUAAAAAGAACUCAACUUGAUGCUUUUUUGUGGAGCACAAAUGUACAUUGUAUUGAAGCACAUCGAACAAACUGUAUAUCCAUUGAAAAUCAUUGAAACUGUGACAUUUAUUGUCUUAUUAGCAUUUGUGCUAUCAGUAGCAAUUUGAAGUGUUUCAAAUAAAUUCAAUUAAGAAAUAUUGUAAGAACAGUCCUAUUGUAAUAUUUGACACCUUAUUAAACCAUUAGAAUGGUUAAAUGAGUUAAAAAAUAACUUUUCAAGGCAAAGAAAAUUGGAAAUGAGCUAGCUUACUGACAUGGCCAUUUUGGGGAUGGCAUAGCGGCACAGAGUCACAUGACAAGCACUCCAAAAUUAUGGUUCAAAUCAAGCACAAAGUUGUAUAAGACACGUUGUAGAACAUUUAAAUUGGGUUCUUAUGGGUUAAAUGAGGUAAAAAAAAUUUUAAAAAAACCUUAACGCUUUAUAUAUUACAAUAUGUCAUUAUAAACAAUUCGUAAAUAAAGCCGAAAUGCAAGCAAACAUGUGGAAAGGUACAACUCGACUGAUACUCCCUUUAUUAUGUCCUGAUACAUACAACCUUGAAAGAGGAUGUAUUUUCAUUUCACCAUGGCUGUAGAUACACUCCUGAUCAAAAUUUUAAGACCAGUUGAAAAAUGGCAAGAAUUAGCAUUUUGCAAUGUUGGAUCUUAAGGAGGUUCUAAGUAGAAGUUUCAAAAUGCAAAAAGAAGAAAUGGGAGUGAGACAAAAAAAUUGGGUUGUUUGUCUAUUAGGUGGUUCAUCAGCUGAUCAAAAGUUUAAGACCAUAGCUGAAAAAAUCCCAAAACACCCAUAAGAUUGAAAUAAAAUUUUGCAAAAAGGACUCAAUAAUGAGUAGCUGUACCAUUCUUGAUGAUGGCUUCACAGAGGUCAUCUAUUAUUUGGAACUGAAGUCCACUUUGUCAACUUCCCUUGGCAUCUUUCUCCCAAAUCUUCAAAAUUUGAUUUAGAUCAAGGGAACAUGCAAGAUGGUCCAAAAGGGUGAGGUUAUUCCUCUGGAAAAAGUCCUUUGUCAGGCGGGCAUUGAGAACUGCAGUAUUAUUGUCUUGUUGAAAAAGACAGUCAAUACCAAACAAACGAGGGCCUUCAGUCAUGAGGGAUGCCCCCUCCAACAUCUCCACUUAGCCAGCUGCCGUUUGACGCCCCUGCACAACCUGAAGCUCCAUUGUUCCAUUGAAGGAAAAAGAACCCCAGAUCAUGAUGGCGCCCCCUCCACUGUGCCAUGUGGAAAACAUCUCAGGUGGGAUCUCCUUGUCAUGCCAGUAACGUUGGAAGCCAUGAAGGCCAUCAAAGUUAUAUUUUUUCUCAUCAAGGAAUAAAACUUUUUCCCACCUUUCAAUAAAUUCCAAACGGGCAAUUUUGUGGCGUUGAAGGAGAUGAGACCUUUAAAGAUAUUUUUUGUUCUUAAAAGCCUUCUCUCGCAGAUGCCGUCUGAUGGUUAUGGGACCGCUCUCAGCGCCAGUAAGACGACGAUUGUCCCGUGUCUUGACGGACAGCUCAGCCCCUGUGACAUUUUUUGGGGUCCACCACUUGACUUUUUUGUUCCAUAACCCUCAGGACCUGUUAAGAAGUUUAAAAUGACUGCCUUGCUGCGUCCAGCAUCAGCAGCAAUGGUGCGCCGGGAGAGGCCUUGCUUAUGCAGCUCAACAAUCCGACCGCGUUCAAAGAGAGUAAGCUUUUUUGCCCUUGCGAGCGAGAAAUCAUAACAGUGUGAACACCUGACAGAAAAUGACAUUGAAUCCACAUUUUUUUCCAAAAUGAUGGCUUUUAAAGGCUGUGGUCUUAAGCUUUUGAUCAGCUGAUGAACACCCUAUUUCACUUUAAUGCUUGUUUGCAAUAAAUUGCUUUCUCAAAACAAGCAUUUUGAAGCUCUACUUAGAACCUCCUUAGGAUCCAACAGUGCAAAAUGUAAAUUCUUGCCAUUUUUCAACGGGUCUUAAUGUUUUUAUCAUGAGUGUAUAUUACAAUAUUCUAAUAGCUGAGUGCUUCACUUGUACCAGCAAAGCUGUACGUAUGUUUCUGGUUGUUCACUCUUAGACAACUGCAAAGAGAUGGUGUUUACUGGUUUCACACAAGCAGAGCGUGGCGUUCUAUCUUAAUGGCUUGGGGGGGAAGGCACCGCCAAAACAAACAGGUAACCCUUCUGCAUGGGUUCAGCGAAGAAAUCACUCAGCUAUUCAGCUAUUCGGUCCUAAAGUUUAUGGUUUUGGUUGUAACAAUAAAAAGAUGGAGGUAAUUCAAUAAUCUAUGAGAAGAGCCAACCAAAUAUAUACGUUGUACCUGCAAUGUAUACGUUAGAAAGUGCCUUGCGAUCGCUUUGUUUGAAAUCGAUGUAAUGUCAAAUGUAAUUGAAUCGACGGCAUUGUUACGAUUUCGAAGCAGUGGCGUGUAAAUUACAGCGAUGGCAAACUGCUUUUUGUGGUUCUGAAAAUGUUCAAAAGUCGCAUCUUUAAUUGGUCAUACACAGUAGAACCCGUUUAUGUCGACACACCGUCGAAGUCUACCAACUCGUCAGGUAUUCUUAUUCCUGAAAAGUGCCCGCUUAAGUCGACGUCGACAUACAUGGUUGACUGCUUUUGUCAACAUAAAAUUUGAGCCUAAGAGGUAAUUUCUUUGAAAAAUGGGUCAGGUUAUGUCAACGUGUGUUGUAUUAUUGUUAACGUCAUCAUUAUCGCGAUCGUAUUUUUGCAAAAGCAGAUUUGUGGUUAUGUCAAAACUGAAAUGCCAUUUAUCUUCAAAGGUUCAGCAUAGGACUCCGAAGAACCUUUGUUCUUUUGCGGUAGACUUCUCAGCCGUUCUUUCCACAACUAACAAAAUGCACUCAUUGAAAUUUUGUACAAAUGGAGGAAAACAAUGUCAACAAACUUUGGUAUGUUCAAAAAUCCUUUAUUAUCGCUAGGGGUGUAACGAUUCGUUUUGAUAACGUUCCGGUUCGUAUCACAAUUUGUGGUUGCCGAUAUGAUUCAAGGACGAUAUUGGUUAAUUUAGAACGAUACGAUCCGAUUCAGUAACUUUAAAUUGAUUCAGUAACGUUUUAACCAAAAAUUCAACCAGUGUGAUUGUGAAAUAAAUACCUGGAUAUUGGGCAGUGCAGUUGAAGUUUCCUAGAUUCACGAUGUUUUUUGUAAGGGAAUCCGAUAUAAAUUAUGAAUAAUGUUGACAUACUUAAGAAUAAAUUAUCUGUCAGAACAAAAAAUGAGUUAAAAAUGCAAUACAAAAUCAGGAUGAACAGAGGGUGGUCUAAACAUGACUUGAUUUGAUAGCUCAUUCACUUCUCUACCCCAAGUAUUAAAGAAGUUAGAGCACAUUUCAUAGCGGGAAAUAGUGGCUUUGGUCCCCAUUGCUUUAUCAUUGAGUAGAGACAAAAGCUGUGAUCGACCCACGGACCUUGGCAAGUACAACCGUACUACAAAAUAGAUAAUAAUAAUAGAUAAUAAUAAUUACAUUUUUUUCACGUUACAUUUUUUUGAUCAGCAGAAAGUCCAGGGAAGAAAAUCAAGUGUCAUAAUGCUGCAGAAGCACGCUGUACUGGAUUCCACGCCACACUACAAAUUGCAUGUACACAGUAAUUCCGGAGCAAAUUUUAAUGAAAUUUCAUCUGCAGGUAGAUAUUAAAGUGAAUUUAUAUCCUACAACCCUUUUGUCUUAUUCUGAAGCUCCGAUCCAUUAAUUUGGAAGGCUUAAAGUUGGACUUAACUUCUCUGUAUUCAAAUGAAAAUACACCACAUAUCAUAUGAAAAAAUUGCAUUUUCAAGGAUGUCCCCACGGACUCUACUAAUCGAGUGCACAUGCACAGUGAUUUUUGCAUCGCUAAAAUACGGGGAUUGUAUUUGUAACAUUGUUACAUAUGUGUUUUGACCUGGACACGCAGCGCUGGACGAUGACAUCACUAAAGCGUGCAAAAUGUACUUUCUUUGCAAUAUUGUCCCCACAAAUGUCACUUAAAAUGAGUGUCAAAUAAGGACAGAUGAGUUAAAUAUGAAUACUUAAUGAAUGAAGGAACUGACCAAUAGGAGAAGAAGCAAAUCGUAUUUCACGGGUCCAGUACAACUCCCACGACCACCACACACCCGGAAGACAAUGACGUCACCGACGGGCAGCCUGUAACGUUUAUCAUUUUUAUCACUAAAAGUGCUAAAAAAACCACACAUCCAUAUGAAUAAAGCCGGCCGUGCUUAAAUCCAAUGCUUCAUUUCCAAGUAUCGAUUCAAUCGAUUUAUUACCUUUUUACGCGAUGUUAGAUCGAUAUACAGUAUAUGUCGUCUUGAGAACCCAGAUCGAUGUAGUUGAAUCAUAGGAAUAGAAAUCGCUGCAUCGAUGUAGUGAAUGAAUCGUCACACCCCUAAUUAUCGCCCAUUCUUCUCAUGUCUCUGGCAAAAUAACCAGUAAACGUGCAAGCGAUGGCUAGUUUCACUUUCAGUUAUGUCAACAAAUGUUUACGUCGAUGUCAGUCAGGCAGUCAGAGGGGUGUCAACAUCAACGGGUUCCAUUGUACCUGCUAUUUGAGUAUACGUUUCACGCAUAAGGAAAAGAACAAAUCAAAUUAGAUUGUUGUAAUACGAAGAAUUUUUUCUUGUGUUAUCACAGUUUUAUUCUUGUGGCAUUACCUACUGGUAGUCUGACUUUUUUUCUGGUAAUAUUAUGACUUUUCUUGUAACUUUAUGGCUUUUCUCAUAAUAUUACAUAGUGACUUUAUUCACAUAGUUUUCGGACUUGUUUUUUGUACUAGUAACUGCUAGUAGCUUCACCGCUUUCUCAUUUAGUGUGACUUUUUCAAGUAAUAUUCCACCUAUACUAGUAACUUUUAUCAUAAUCAAUUUUUUUAGUACUAUUGUGAAUUUGCAACUUUUUCCCACAUUCUGCCUUUUUUUUCUUGUAUUAUUAGAACUUUUUCUCUUAACUUUAGGAUUUUUCUCAUCAUAUUACAUUUUUACUCCUGAUAUCUCAUAACUUUACAACUGUAGUCACAGUUUUACGAUUUCUUUUUAGGAAUCCUUGUUUUCACUUGCAUUAACUUUAACCUGACAAGCAAACGGUAUGUGACUGCAGACAUAACCAUGCUGUAAUGAUUCCGACAUUAUCUCGAUACCAGUAGUAAAGUGUUGCUUAGCAACUAGCCCACAGAUGCACUUUGCACACACACACACACCAAAAGAAAGGAAAAAAUUUGCCUUGUCCAUUGACUAAAUUAUUGAAUCACUUCCAUCUAAAACAGUACAAUAAAACGUGUCAUCCAUGCGUGUCUUUACACACAAAAAAGCCAUUGUGUGCACGACAAGGUGUUCCGAAAUGAUGCUUGACGGAGACAGGAUGUGGCAUGUUAUUUAGCCAAUUCAUUUCCUGUUUGAAUGACCAGCGGGAUAAGACUGUAUAACAAUAUGAGGACCUAUUGCAGUGGGAAGACCCCAUUUGGAAGCAUUCCAGCCACUCCUACAGGACAAUAAAGGACGGAAUCUACGCAAAAACCACUAGCAGACUGCUGCUCGGCACACAAAAGGAGGAACCGAACCACCGACGAGGACUAUGAUAAGCAUUUAAUCCUGACCAAGACAGGAGAAUGAAAAAACAGGACUUCUGUGUAGCUCUCGCUCCUGUAAAUAAGUCACCAAAAACAGCACAUUUGGUUAACAAGGCUGUUUGGUUGCUAAGUCGCGCCGUGACACUCAAUCACUUAUGUUGCUGUUGUAUCUCUCCCCCCUUUUUGCAAUAAGUGUAUUAGUUGAGGCACUUUCAGUGUAUUCAUAUAUGAAACCCUGCAUCCAGUAUAUACCCAAUAGAGAGACCACUGUGCUAAAUUGAAAAAGUGUGACAUCUCUGCUUUCGUUAGGUUAAAAUGCUCUGCUGUGUGUUAUUGUAUGUUUGUAUCCUAUUGGUCCAGGGCAAGAAAUUUCUCAUAUUUUGAAAUUGUCCACUAGGUGGACUCAUUGAUAAGGUUCCCCCGUCCCCCUCCCCCAUGCAACCUAUUGUAGAAGUCACCCACUGGGAAUUGAACAUGCAAAUACCCUGCAUUACUGCUGCAAAAUCUUCAUGUGAACCAAAAGACGACUCUUUGUCACGCAGUGGUGGCUAAAAAAAACAAUACAGAUUCUUCCAAAAAAAUGUCCCCUUCCCCCUUUGGGCAAAUGUGUAGCAGAAGUUUAUCAAGCUGAAAAAGUGGACUUCUAGAAUGACUGCACAGUAGCAAUGCCAUGCACCCAAACUAUCGCAUUCAGUUUGUACAAUGGAGUGUAAAAAAAUAGACUAGGACUAUGCUCACUAAGGCUGUCAAAUGGAAUACUUCUGUCAGUACACUUCAACAAGCAAGUACAAUGGUACCUCCGUUUUCAUUAUUCAUGUGUUCCAAAAGGUUCGACAAAAAACGAAACCCCUGAGAACCGAGGCAAUUUUUCCCGUAGGAAAUAAUGUAAAUCCAGUUAAUCCAUUCCAGACACCCAAAAAGGAUUAACGAAAACUCUAGUUUUACAUGCACAAAACAAUGCAAAAUAUGAAUAAAUGAUGAAUGGAUGGCCCUUAUUGUUGCUGCUGGUGAGACUGAAUUCAAUAAUGCUUAUCAGGCUGUGUUGGCAACUUUCUUUGGCCCCAUGGCGGGUUAUUUAGCAGUCGCACUCAGGUGCUUUGUUGGGGCACUCAAUUUUGGGGAACCAUACAGCACAGGGCAAACGGAUUCAUUUGUUACGUGCAUUACUGUACAAAAACCGAGACAGUGUACAAAAACCCAGGAAAAAUUUUAGUUGACAUUUUUGGACAAAAACCGAAUCAUACGACAAUUGGGCGUACGAAGAAAGAGGUUUGACUGGACACUGUGUACAGUAGAUCUCUGCUAUUUGCGAGGUUUAUGUUCCAAGACCCACCCCCGCAAAUAUAAUAAUGGAUUCACCCAUACAGUGAUGAUUUAUGAUACUCUAAACCCAUUAAUAUGCCUCUCACAGUCAUUAAACACAUUUUAAAUUUAAAGUUACACAUGAAGAAACACUUACAGUCAUACACCAUACAGUGUUGUACUUACAAAAUGUGCAGUUACACAACAUCACGUCUUGACAAGGCAACUUCCUGCUGUAUAAUGUUGAGUGAGCUGACUUGUGAGACAGCCUCUCUACUGGAUUUAUAGAUGCAGCACUCGUUUCGUACUCGUACCAUUAAAAUAUAUACAGUAUAUAUUCGUAGUUUACAGCAGUAUACUCAUUGAAGUGUACUCACCGAAGUAUACCAUUUGAGACAGCACUGCGCACUCACCCUUUUGACCAUUUUGAGUGUACUGACAGUGCAGUGCAUUUUGCCGUACUUCUCACUUUAAACGCACUUAUGCACUAAAAAGGCGUUUGAGUGUAAGUACGGAAGUGCGCGGCUUGAGAAACAGUCUAUGAGAAAACGUUUGCAAGAAUAAAGUGGCAAUCUGGGAAACAAGCUACUGGUAAUGGAGUAGUGCCGAUCCACACUGUGAUUUCAGCAGAAAGAAGAAUUGUCAGGUGGCAUUGUUGACGUGUUUCUACCCACAAUCCUCCUUGUGUAGUACACACGCUGCUUUACUCUUGAAAUGGACAAAGGAGUACCGUUGUUGUGUAUUUUUAGAAUGUUGUAACUUGGAAAAAAAAGAAGAAAAAGCUGUUUAUUUUCUUGAAUCCAGAACAUGUAUUUUUGUGUCUUACCUGUAAAAGUCAUGGUAGUCCUACGCUGUGCUUUUUCCCAUCGUGUCUUCAAACGCGUCACAAGCUUUUUUGUAUGUUUUGUUGUGAGGAAAAAUUACAAUUUGUGACGCCUUCCUUGGCAUUCUGAAAGUGCAUGCUGAAAAAAAGAACCAUUAUGUCAGAUAAUUUAGAAAAAGAUGACACACUGCAUAUCAUGUUAAAAAAAAAUGUGUAUGACGGUAAAUACUAUGUGAAAGACUCACAUAAACUAUCUUUUAAUGAA